CAGACCAUGUGAGGGCCCGCGGGUACAAAUACGGCCGCGCCGGCGCCCCUCCGCACAGCCAGCGCCGCCGGGUGCCUCGAGGGCGCGAGGCCCGCCCGCCUACCCAGCCCGGGACCAGCCUCCCCGCGCAGCCUGGCAGGUCUCCUGGAGGCAAGGCGACCUUGCUUGCCCUCUAUUGCAGAAUAACAAGGGGCUUAGCCACAGGAGUUGCUGGCAAGUGGAAAGAAGAACAAGUGAGUCAAUCCCGACGUGUCAAUCCCGACGAUAGAGAGCUCGGAGGUGAUCCACAAAUCCAAGCACCCAGAGAUCAAUUGGGAUCCUUGGCAGAUGGACAUCAGUGUCAUUUACUAACCAGCAGGAUGGAGACCACGCCCUUAAAUUCUCAGAAGCAGCUAUCAGCGUGUGAGGAUGGAGAAGACUGUCAGGAAAACGGAGUUCUACAGAAGGUUGUUCCCACCCCAGGGGACAAAGUGGAGUCCGGGCAAAUAUCCAAUGGGUACUCAGCAGUUCCAAGUCCUGGUGCGGGAGAUGACACACGGCAUUCUAUCCCAGCGGCCACCACCACCCUAGUGGCUGAGCUUCAUCAAGGGGAACGGGAGACCUGGGGCAAGAAGGUGGAUUUCCUUCUCUCAGUGAUUGGCUAUGCUGUGGACCUGGGCAAUGUCUGGCGCUUCCCCUACAUAUGUUACCAGAAUGGAGGGGGGGCAUUCCUCCUCCCCUACACCAUCAUGGCCAUUUUUGGGGGAAUCCCGCUCUUUUACAUGGAGCUCGCACUGGGACAGUACCACCGAAAUGGAUGCAUUUCAAUAUGGAGGAAAAUCUGCCCGAUUUUCAAAGGGAUUGGUUAUGCCAUCUGCAUCAUUGCCUUUUACAUUGCUUCCUACUACAACACCAUCAUGGCCUGGGCGCUAUACUACCUCAUCUCCUCCUUCACGGACCAGCUGCCCUGGACCAGCUGCAAGAACUCCUGGAACACUGGCAACUGCACCAAUUACUUCUCCGAGGACAACAUCACCUGGACCCUCCAUUCCACGUCCCCUGCUGAAGAAUUUUACACGCGCCACGUCCUGCAGAUCCACCGGUCUAAGGGGCUCCAGGACCUGGGGGGCAUCAGCUGGCAGCUGGCCCUCUGCAUCAUGCUGAUCUUCACUGUUAUCUACUUCAGCAUCUGGAAAGGCGUCAAGACCUCUGGCAAGGUGGUGUGGGUGACAGCCACCUUCCCUUAUAUCAUCCUUUCUGUCCUGCUGGUGAGGGGUGCCACCCUCCCUGGAGCCUGGAGGGGUGUUCUCUUCUACUUGAAACCCAAUUGGCAGAAACUCCUGGAGACAGGGGUGUGGAUAGAUGCAGCCGCUCAGAUCUUCUUCUCUCUUGGUCCGGGCUUUGGGGUCCUGCUGGCUUUUGCUAGCUACAACAAGUUCAACAACAACUGCUACCAAGAUGCCCUGGUGACCAGUGUGGUGAACUGCAUGACGAGCUUCGUUUCGGGAUUUGUCAUCUUCACAGUGCUCGGUUACAUGGCUGAGAUGAGGAAUGAAGAUGUGUCUGAGGUGGCCAAAGACGCAGGUCCCAGCCUCCUCUUCAUCACGUAUGCAGAAGCGAUAGCCAACAUGCCAGCGUCCACUUUCUUUGCCAUCAUCUUCUUUCUGAUGUUAAUCACGCUGGGCUUGGACAGCACGUUUGCAGGCUUGGAGGGGGUGAUCACAGCUGUGCUGGAUGAGUUCCCACACAUCUGGGCCAAGCGCCGGGAGUGGUUUGUGCUCGCCGUGGUCAUCACCUGCUUCUUUGGAUCCCUGGUCACCCUGACUUUUGGAGGGGCCUACGUGGUGAAGCUGCUGGAGGAGUAUGCCACGGGGCCCGCAGUGCUCACUGUCGCGCUGAUCGAAGCAGUCGCUGUGUCUUGGUUCUAUGGCAUCACUCAGUUCUGCAGGGACGUGAAGGAAAUGCUCGGCUUCAGCCCGGGGUGGUUCUGGAGGAUCUGCUGGGUGGCCAUCAGCCCUCUGUUUCUCCUGUUCAUCAUUUGCAGUUUUCUGAUGAGCCCGCCACAACUACGACUUUUCCAAUAUAAUUAUCCUUACUGGAGUAUCAUCUUGGGUUACUGCAUAGGAACCUCAUCUUUCAUUUGCAUCCCCACAUAUAUAGCUUAUCGGUUGAUCAUCACUCCAGGGACAUUUAAGGAGCGUAUUAUUAAAAGUAUUACCCCAGAAACAUCAACAGAAAUUCCUUGUGGGGACAUCCGCUUGAAUGCUGUGUAACACACUCACCGAGAGGAAAAAGGCUUCUCCACAACCUCCUCCUCCAGGUCUGACGAGGCACGCCUGCCUUCUCCCCUCCAAGUGAAUGAGUUUCCAGCUAAGCCUGAUGAUGGAAGGGCCUUCUCCACAGGGACACAGUCUGGUGCCCAGACUCAAAGCCUCCAGCCACUUAUUUCCAUGGACUCCCCUGGACAUAUUCCCACGGUAGACUGUGACACAGCUGAGCUGGCCUAUUUUGGACGUGUGAGGAUGUGGAUGGAGGUGAUGAAAACCACCCUAUCAUCAGUUAGGAUUAGGUUUAGAAUCAAGUCUGUGAAAGUCUCCUGUAUCAUUUCUUGGUAUGAUCAUUGGUAUCUGAUAUCUGUUUGCUUCUAAAGGUUUCACUGUUCAUGAAUACGUAAACUGCGUAGGAGAGAACAGGGAUGCUAUCUCGCUAGCCAUAUAUUUUCUGAGUAGCAUAUAGAAUUUUAUUGCUGGAAUCUACUAGAACCUUCUAAUCCAUGUGCUGCUGUGGCAUCAGGAAAGGAAGAUGUAAGAAGCUAAAAUGAAAAAUAAUGUGUCCAUGUAAGCUUGUGAGUCUGUGUAUAUUGUUGUUUCAGUGUAUUCUUAUCUCUAGUCCAAUAUUUUGGGCCUAUUACAAAUAUAUGAAUUUCCCCAAAUUUUUCUUACAUUAACAAAUUCUACCAACUCAAUUGUGUAUGGAGGUUAUUAUUUGAAGGGUACAAUCACUAAGACAUGCUCUGCCACCCACUCCUUUUCCAGUGACACUACUUGAGCCACACACUUUCCUUUACAGGCCAGCCUCUGGCGUUUGCUGCACCUCAUUGCCACCUUCCUGUCUCUCUGUGCUAAACAUUCAGGACAGUGUUCCACAGGCAGAUCUGGCCUAUUUCAUUAGUCACCAUGGCUUGGCUGUGAAGUACGUUGAAGGUGGAUCUUGUCGCAUGCCCCUUCAGUGUUCACCUGGCCCUCUGGUUUAAGUUCUGUCUGCCUUACGUGACUGAGUUUGUCCAGGUUGCUUUGCUCGGUGAAGAGAGGAGGGUAAAUCGGAUUCUCGUUUAGCACUGGGGUAUACAGAUCUGGCACCCAAACCUAAACCAAGGCAUCUUCACUCCAAGAGCAGUUGGAGAGUCUGGGUUAGCCUUACGUGGACCUCGCCGCUCGCUGGCGGUCACGAUUGUGAGCCCUCCAGAUAAUUUUUAAGGUUGAGUCUAAGUAAGGCUGCUUGGGAAAUGGUCAGCUAAGUAAAUCACCUUUCAUUUCACAUAAGGCCCUUAAUAUAGAUAAGUAAAUUUGGCCUUUGGUGUCUCAUGACUCUCAGAGGCAUAGGUAGAGGAGCAAAUUAAUAUUUGCAGCAUGGGAAUUCCUUAUCAGAAUUUUGAGGGGAAUAAAUCCUCAUCAGAGACAAAAGGACUUAAUCAUCUGGCCACCUAUCACUUCAGUUCUCUGUAUAAAUGAAAUUUAAUUCUAACAACCUUAUAAAAAGAAGGUCCAGACAGCAGAGGAAAUGUCCUGUCCAAUUCUAGGUUUUCCUCCCUGGGCCUCCUUUCCCCAGCAUUGUCUACCCUGGCCCACUUCCUGCAUUCUCCCCAUGCCCUGCUAUUUCUGAUUCUUUGCUUCUCCUAGCGAGAUACUUUCCUUAUAUGAUAGCUGCUGAGAAGUUUCCCAGAAUUGCUAGAGGAAAAGAAGCGGGGAAUUUAGAAAUAUCCCUCACUGACCUAACUCCAUUAUCUUCACUCUUUCAUUCUUCCUGCCGCCUCAUGCCCAUUCUCUUUACUGUCUAGCAUGCUGAAAGAAGGAAGUGAUCUAAAUGCCAGCGUGUUCAGUGGUAAAUAUUAGUUGGUGCAAAAGAAAAACCAUGAUUACUUUUGCACCAACCUAAUAGCUUUGCAAAUUUUAAGAACUUGCUUUAUGAAGAUAUUCGGAUAUGGAUUCUCCCCACCCCACAUACUUAGACAUUGUUCAAAUAUACUACUUUUAAAAAAACACCUUUUCAAACAGAAUUAGAGUUUUGCCAAGUCUGGUAUUAAUGGAAUUGUACAGGAGCUUUGAAAGUUUUCAAACUUUAUUAAACUAAAAAAAAAAAAAAAUCGAAAAUCUCUGUCUGUUCCGCAUAGUAUGCAUUUAUUUGACCCCUAUUUAUCAAUACUACGAUGGGUUUUUUUUUUAAAGAAAAUGUAAGAGUAGGUAGGUGGAUUUUAAAAUAAUAUUUUAAAGACCUUUUACGUCUAUAUGUAGCAUUUAUAGAAAAAUAAAAACUAAAAAUAGAAUUGAAUUGUAACAUUAUUUAAGGACUGAAGUUUUUUUUUUUCUUGUAUCAGUAAGAAAUACCCAAGAGGCUGGGUGCAGUGGCUCACACCUGUAAUCCCAGCACUUUGGGAGGCUGCGGUGGGAGGAUCACAUGACAUCAGGAGUUUGAGACCAGCUUGGCCAACAUAGUGAAACGCCGUCUCUAUUAAAAAUACAGAAAAUUAGCUGAAUGUGGUGGCAGGCGCCUAUAAUUCCAGCUACUUGGGAGGCUGAGGCAGGAGAAUUGUUUGAACCCAGGAGGCAGAGGUUGCAGUGAGCCAAACGUUCCAUUGCAUUCCAGCCUGGAUGACAAGAGCGAAACUCCGUCUCAAAAAAAAAAAAAAAAAAAUUGUUAUGCUUAGUUCCAUGGAAAGACUAUUCUGAAGCUUUAAGUCUUCUUUUUCUAUUUUCCGUAGUAUUGCCCUUUCCCCACUUCAUUGCUUAACUGUCUCUAAAUUUUAAUGAUAAUAAUAUUUUAAAGGUCAGAUAAUGCUAUUAGAGGCAGAGACAAACCUGGGGACCAAGCUAAUUUCUCUGCUAUUGAGAGCGCUAAAGACAGGUGAACUGGAGUUUUAUUUCCUCUGCUAGAAUGAAAUAAUACCCUCUCCACCAGGCACAAUGGCUCACACCUGUAAUUCCAGCACUUUGGGAGGCCAAGGUGGGUGGAUCACUUGAGGUCAGGAGUUCGAGACCAGCCUGGCCAACAUGGUGAAACCCCAUCUCUACUAAAAAUACAAAAAUUAGCAAGCCAUGGUGGCAUGCUUCUGUAAUCCCAGCUACUUGGGAGACUGAGGUGGGAUAAUCACUUGAACCUGGGAGGCGGAGGUUGCAGUGAGCUGAGAUUGUGCCACUGCACUCCAGCCUGGGUGACAGAGCAAGACUCCAUCUAAAAAACAAAAACAAAAACAAAAAAACCCUCUCAAUUGGUUUAAUACCACGAUAGAAAAGAUAAAUAUUUUAGGAUGGAAUCUUAAAUAUGUCUGUCCUUUUGUUUCAUAUAGUUGAAAUCAAUUCAAUAUUGUUUCUACAUUAGGUGUUUCAAAAACAGUCACCUUUGCAACAGAAGAGCUCUUUUGUUGAAAAUGAUUCACAAUAUAUUUCAGUUGGAAUGUCAGGUGGUAUUUCUCUUACCAACACCUCACAGAAUCUAUGCCAAGCUGCUCUACCACCAAUGCAAGUAUUUUUUUAAAGCUACUAAAAUAAACUUUCUUCACCAGCCAACUCUAAUUUGGAGACAGUGUGCAUUGGUGAAGGACCUCGUCAGAAUAAGUUUGAAUGUCUACUGAACUAAGAAGAAUUUUGUCGUUUGGGGGAGAGAAUAGAUAGCAUCAGUCCUUCAAUUCUGUAACUGAAGACUCCAAUUAUAGUAGAUAAGAAUUGUGUCUAGCAAUUUUUAAACACUGACAGUCCAAACAAAAAUAUUUGGUGAGGAAGGAUGUCCCAUAUUUUUGCUUAAAUAUCAUAAACAAAUAUGAGCAUUUACUAAUUUUUUAAACAGCAUUUUGAAAGAUUAUUCUUAUUUACACUCUAAAAUUAAAGGCGUACUUUAUCUUAAGAAAAUGAUAUAUUAAAAAUUCAUAUUUUAAAAGAUAAAAUUGGGGAAUUUACAGUUAUUUUGUGAAUGGCCUUUAAACUAUGAUUUGAUCUAUAUACAACUUUUCAGAAUACUUUUGAUUGUGUGUUGGACAUAUCUAAAAUUAAUUUUAUCUGGCAGAAUUAAACCUAAAUUUAUUUGUAUAAAAGAGUCCCCUUUCUAAAAUUCAUACAGUACCCUUGUAUUCAUUUAUGCAGUGUUUAUAAAUAUUUCAAGUUAGAUUGUGAGAUAUUAAUAAAUGAUUUAUGCUGUGAACUGUUACUGUAAUAACUCUUAAUAUCAUGAUUUGUUGUAUCAUUAAAAAAACACAAAAUUCUAAACUCUUAAGGUUAAAAAUCUUAACCUUAUAGUCAAAAUAUUUAAACAUCUCCCUAAACAUCACUGCAUAGCACUUACAAAAACUACAUUGAAUUAGAUGUAUUCAAUUUCCAUAAAGUUAAAUAAGUUAAUAUAAUUCUUUGUAAUUUGUGAAGAGCUUUAGUUUAUAAUGUUCUUCCCCAUAUAUUUCAUGGGAUCACCAGAAGUCUAGGUGACAGCUGUAUUUUCCCAGGUGAGGAUGGGGGUGGGAUGAAGAGCCUGAGGCUCAAAGAGGCUGAUUGAUUUGCCCAAGUUCACACACCUGGAACGUUCCAGGACAGGCUUUAUGCCUAUAGGUUUUCUAAUUCCAGCCCAAAGGUUAUUUACAUGUUUAGCUUUAAAAUUAGCAUCCACAGAAGCUUGAGAAAUCCAAAGAGUAUUCAACUGCAGAAUGGGUUUUUUUCUAAACUGCAAGGAUGUUCUAUCUCAUUUUAAAGUGUGAUAGGGAAGAAUAAUUAACAUAGGGGAAGAACCUGUUACUGAUAUUCAUUACAUGUGUGCUGUCCCCAGCCAGAGACAGCAGCAGUCCCCAGCCUUUUUGGCACCGGGACCGGUUUCAUGGAAGAAAAUUUUUCUACGGAUAGUGGGGAGCAGAGGGGUAUUUCAGGAUGAAACUAUCCCACCUCAGUUCAUCAGACAUUAGAUUCUCAUAAGAAGCACACAACCUGGAUCCCUCGCAUGCAUAAUUCACGACAGGGUUCACACUCUUGUGAGAAUCUAAUGCUGCCACUGAUGGGACAGGAGGUGAAGUUC